GUCAUUUGAUGACAAUUAGAAAAACAUUAAAGAAAAUAUCAAAACAAAGUUUUUAUUCGUCACUCAUAAAAAAGUUAGGCCGUUCAAAGUUUACAAUCAGGCUUAUAUCACUUCAUUGACUAUUAAUUACAUUAAAUUCUAUGUUAGAAACAUUGAUUGUUUAAAUAUUUCAGUACGGACUGUAGCCAGACAGAUAUUACACGAUGAAGUACUCAACUUCGCCUACACCGUCUCGGAGUAAUAGCUCCCUACUUGGGAUGUCAUCGAGAACCACAUCACCAUUGCCCCCACCUGCCAGCUACCGAACCGAUUGCAUGAGUGCAACCAAUAAAAGCUACAAGUAUCUACGGCGAUUUGUCAAGUUUGAUCAAAUGGAUUUUGAAUAUGCACUCUGGCAAAUGCUGUAUUUGUUCAUUGCACCGAAAAAGGUGUAUCGGAAUUUCAACUAUAGAAAACAAACCAAAUCACAGUUUGCUCGAGAUGAUCCGGCAUUCCUUGUACUGCUCGUAGGCUGCCUUUGCGUGACAUCCAUUGGUUUUGCUUGGGUUCUAAGUUUAGGAAUCGGCCAGAGCAUCCUGUUUCUGUUGUACGUGGUCUUCGUAGAUUGCAUUUUGUGCGGAAUGAUUGUUGCCACCAUGCUGUGGGUUGUUUCGAACAGGUACCUUAGAGAACAAAUCUCGGACAUGGAUGUAGAAUGGGGUUACGCUUUUGAUGUUCAUCUGAACGCGUUCUUCCCACCCUUAGUGUUACUGCACUUCAUUCAGUUGUUCUUCUACCACCCCCUGAUUAGCCACGAGUGGUUCAUUUCCACCUUCAUUGGCAACACGAUUUGGUUGGCGGCUUUGGGUUACUACAUCUAUAUCACCUUCCUGGGCUAUAACGUGGUACCCGGCUUAAGGAAUACGCGAAUAAUACUUGUUGCAUUGCCAUUGGUAUUCUUUUUUUACGUGGUCACAAUAAUCAUGCGUUGGAAUUUGAGUGUAUCCUUGAUGUACUUCUAUCACUAUCGAGUAUUGUAAGUUACCGAAUCGCCUCGAAUGGCAGCAAUUUAUGACUGACGUCUGUUGGACUGGAGAAUAAAGAAUAAAACAUUAA